CCCGGCUGCCAUGAGUUGUGCGGAGGUGAUGUAUCACCCCCAGCCGUAUGGAGCGCCCCAGUAUCUGCCCAACCCUGUGGCAGCUGCAACCUGCCCCACAGCCUGCUACCACCCGGCGCCCCAACCUGGCCAGCAGAAGAAGUUAGCGGUAUACAGCAAGAUGCAGGACUCUCUGGAAGUCACCCUUCCCAGCAAACAAGAGGAGGAGGAGGAUGAGGAGGAGGAGGAGGAGGAGGAGGAGAAAGACCAGCCUGCCGAGAUGGAGUACCUUAACUCUCGCUGUGUCCUUUUCACUUAUUUCCAGGGAGACAUUGGGUCAGUAGUGGAUGAACACUUCUCAAGAGCUUUGGGCCAAGCCAGCACCCUCCAUCCAGAAUCUGCCAUUUCAAAAAGCAAGAUGGGGCUAACCCCCCUCUGGCGAGACAGCUCAGCUCUCGCAAGCCAGCGGAGUAGUUUCCCGACUUCUUUUUGGACCAGCUCUUACCAGCCCCCCACUGCACCCUGUUUGGGGGCAGUUCAUCCUGACUUCCAGGUCACGGCACCCCCUGGCGCCUUCACCGCAGCCGAGCCCAGCCCCUGGCCAGGACACGGCCUGCAUCAGACUGGCCCGGCGCCUCCCCCGCCCCCUCCCGUGUCUGAGUCCUGGCGCUACCCUUUGGCAUCUCAGGUGAGCCCGGCCUACAGCCACGUGCACGACGUGUACAUGCGGCACCACCACCCCCACGCCCACCUGCACCACCGCCACCACCACCACCACCACCACCACCGCCCUUCUGCUGGCCCUGCCCUGGACCCGGCCUACGGGCCCCUGCUGAUGCCCCCAGCGCGCGCAGCCCGGAUCCCCGCGCCCCAGUGUGACGGCACAAAGACAGACCCCACCGCAGUCGCCACUGCUACCUCAGCGUGGGCCGGAGCCUUUCACGGAGCCGUGGACAUCGUGCCAAGUGUGGGGUUUGAUACAGGUCUACAGCAUCAAGACAAGAGCAAGGAAUCACCAUGGUACUGAAACUCACAGUAUUAGCAGGUCUGGUUGGAGCAUGAAUCCACCGGUCCACUGGGAAAAGAGGCUGCGAGGAUUUUCCAUUCUGCAGUGGGACACAAUAGACAUGAAAGGAGAAGAGGAAGUGCCAGCCAGCUGACUUUGGUUUGAGCCUUUUCUUGAGAAAGCAGAGUGGGUACUAGGCAUUGAAGAAAAGCAUUUUUGUUUGUUUUUUCCCCUCAUCUGAGCCUUUGCCAACUGUGCGACUCUCUUUUUUUGUCUUGCUUUUAUCAAUACACAGUUUAAUUUUUAUUUCAUUUUGAUUUUUUUUUUCUUUUUGAACCAACCACCUUGUCAGGAAAAGAUGAACCACAAAUGAAAAUGCUCAUUCUUUCAGGAAUACAAUUUUGUAGCUCUAUGUGCAUCUAUUUUUGUAGAAAUACAGAAAGUUUGAUUUAGCAUUGAUGGGCUAUUUUUGAGGGAUGUAUUUUUUUUUAAUAUUGUAAAAGUUAAGUUCUGUUUAAAGAACUUGCUCUCAGAGAAGCACUGGCAAAAAUGUUUAAAAUGCUUAUCUUUAAGAUGUCUGUGAGAUGCUCUGUGCUUUCCAGGUUACCUCAAGUGUUUGAUAGUUUCUCCUUUUGACAAAAGUAGCACCACAGCCAAGCCAGUAUAGUAUUGUUUUACAUUAAAUCUCAGUGAAGAUUUAAUUUCAUGCCAGCUCACUUAGCUUAGAAUUACGUAUAUAGCUUAAAAGGAAGUUUUUUAAUGACCACACUAAAGAAAGGAUAUUUCAUUACUUUGUUAUCUCCCACAGAGGAUUCGGAGGUUGACUAAGAAGAAAGUUUGCAGAAACUUUCCCUCAGAUGGAAAGUUUGCCUGGAGUACACAGUUUUCUUUCUAGUCCGUCCAACUUUGAUAAAUGGAACCAGAGUUUAUAUGGAACUACUGGAAAAAAAAUGCAUUUAACCGUGCUACCUGUGAGCAUCAGUGACUUAUUUUCCUUGUUGUUAGUUAUUCAUUCAUGGCAAUUUUUAAAGUCGUGUUUUAAGUGGAUUAUUUUUUCCUGGAGACAGUUUGAAGGAUAAUAUUUGGGAAAGUACUAGACAAAUCACAAAGCCUUUAAUUCAAUGGCUAUUUCUGGUAAUGUUACUCAUCAUUGUAAAUUGAAAAUUAAUAUAUUGUAUAUGUAAUAUUUUAAACAUAGGUUUUUGCAAAUCUUUUUUUUUUUUUGGUUUAAAUCUGGUUUUAGACGAUUUAAUUCUUUUUAAAAAGACUAGGGCAAAAUGAAAUUUAAACUGGGAUUUAUGUCACAAUUACUGAAAUUAGGUUAAUAAAUUGACAAUUUAUUAUUUGAAAUUUAUUAUUGAAAACCCAGGAUUCAACUUGACAUGGCCCUCAAGAUCUAAAUAAGGUGAAGUUGGAAUUAUCAUUAAGACUCAAUUAGGAAAAGAUUAAGAUUAUGAAAGUAGCAGUUAUUGAUAUUUUAAGGACUUUCAAUGCAAAGUCCAUUCUUUCUUUCAGCUGCUUCCAGAGACAGGUCAUGCUAGAAAGUUAGUGUUAUAUAGAAGUUUUAAUUUGGUAAAAAAGUUUCUCAGAUUUCCUCCAUCCCUGUCCUCACCCUUGUG